AGAGUAUAUUGAGAAGAACGUCAUUAGAUAUAGUAUCACAUAUUCGUUGUCUUCUUUAAGAGAAACUGGGUUGGCAGGUAGGAUUUAGUUUAUCCAUGUCUCUGGCCCACACUCCAGUGCGGUAGGUGGCGGUAAUGCACCACAACGUUGGAUGCCAACAACCGAUAAACCCCACUGAAAAAGAAGAGACGCAGUGAUGGACUAGAAUAACGUGAGACAAUCAAUCAAAUACUUCCUCCGCCUUUGAGGGAAACAAACGUUUGUCAUAGGAAAUCCACCUCUCCUGAAUCGAGGAAAAUGUUUCGACCUGGGAGAGAAAAAUAUCUGACUGAACCAAGGAAAGUCUCUGCCUCCAAUGUGGUAAAACUCAGCAACAAACUCAAAGCCAUCCUGAAGAAAAAGUAUCAAAGUCCGCCAGGGGGGGAAACUGAGCAUCCAUUUUAUAUACAUUGUGAUCUCCAGUAUCCACCCGGUGAAAGUGGAGAGGUGAACCAACAUGAGUACAUUCAAAUUGAGCCAGGCUACAGGAAGAGACACCAAGGGACAUGGUCACCCCUAGGCUUAUACUUUGAUUCUGAACUAGGCAAAGAGCGAGUCAGAAUAGCGCUGACAAAGGGCGUCUCUGGUAUUGGCAAAACUAGCCAGGUGCGGAUGAUUAUUCUUAACUGGGCAGAGGGAAAAGGAAACCAGGAAAGUCCUCUCAUAUUUCCUCUUCCUUUCCGGGAGCUGAAUUUGCUGGAGGAGAGACUGAGUCUGAUUGAACUUCUUCACAAGUUUUUCCCAGAAUUGAAAGAACCUGGAAUAUCCAACUUGGAGAACAUCAGAGUUGGGUUCUUCCUUGACGGUCUGGAUGAAUUCCGACGACCUCUCGACUUCAAGAACAGCCUGAUGGUGACCGAUGUCACAGAGGCUUCCUCCGUGCCGGCACUGCUGACAAACCUCAUUAAUGGUAAUCUUCUUCCCUCUGCCGCUCACAUAUGGAUUACCUCCAGACCUGAAGCAGUCAGUCGCAUCCCUCUUCAGUACAUCAACGAAGUGACAGAAAUCGAAGGCUUCACAGACUCCCAGAAAGAGGAGUUCUUCAGGAGAGCAAUCAAUGACAAGGACCAGGCCAAUGCAAUUAUCGACUACAUGAAGUACUCAAAAAGCCUCUACGUCUUGUGCCAGAUACCUAUUAUCUGUUCGAUUUGUGCGUCACUCCUUGGGAGACCGACAUGGCUAUCCAAUAAAGAAUGUGACCCCGGAGCUCUGACUCCAAUGUACACUGAACUACUCGCCCUGUUUCAAACACGAGACCAUAAUACACAGAAGAUGGCUAUUAAAUUUGGGGAACUAGCCUUUAAGCAGUUGGUGAAAGGCAAUACAGUUUUCUACAGGGAAGACCUACGAGAGUGCGACAUUGACUCUCAAGAGGGGUCCGAGUUUGCAAAAGGAAGCAUACAAAUCUUCAGGGAGGAUAUUGGGCACAAUCAAAAGAAGAUCUACUACUUUGGGCAUACUACCAUUCAGGACUUCUUUGCUGCAAUGUGGUUUCUUCAAUCCUGCAACAGCCAAGAUGAAAACCUGAGGAAUGCAGUGGACAUGGCCUUGCAGAGCAAAAACGGAAAGCUGGACCUCUUCCUCCGUUUCCUCCUCGGCAUCUCGCAGAGCUUCAUCCAGUCAAUCGCAGAGGCCGGCUACAACUCGUUGAAGACACUGACGGAAAUGGUAGAAUAUAUCCAGAAGAAGGUCAUGGAGAAUCCCGCUUCACCGAGGACAGUCAACCUGCUGAACUGCCUGAUGGAACUGGGUGACAGCUCUCUAGAAACUGAUGGCGUGCGCUUUCUCAAGACGGGAAUCCCCCCAGAUGCCAAAUACUCACGUGCACAUUGGUCUGACCUGGUCGCUAUUUUAAUGGCAUUGGCGUCUGGGCCGAUAGACAUGCUUGGGUUGGAAGUAAAGAAGAGAGGAGACAAGGAACUUCUGAGGAUGCUGCCAGUGAUCAAAGCUUGCCACAGAGCCACGCUGUCAUAUCACAACCUGACUGAGAAAUCCUGUGAAUGUCUGGCCUCGGCGCUCACCUCAAAGGUGUCCAAUCUGAAAGCUCUGGACCUGAGUUUCAACACGCUGAAGGACUCAGGAGUGCAGCUACUGGCGGCCGGCCUGGCCAAGCCACACUGCCGACUGGAGAGACUGAACCUGUCCGGCUGCAGGGUGAAACAGGAUGGCUUUGCCGCUCUGGCCAAAGCUCUCAAAUCCAACCCCUCGCACCUGCGAGAGCUGGAUCUGAGCGGCAACGACCCGGGAGAAUCUGGGAUGUUUCUUCUCGUUGAUGGACUAAAGGUUGUUAAGUGCGAACUGCAGAUCCUGAAGCUCUCAAACUGCAAGCUGGACCAUGCGCUGAGUCGCGCUCUAGCAGUGUUGCUGAUAGACAACCCCAGACACCUGAGAGAGCUGGACAUCAGCAUGAACAACCUGGGAGACGGGGGGGUGGAGCUGCUCAUGGACAUACUGAAGUCAACCCAGAUAUACAAACUGGAGUUGUACUGUUGUCAGCUCACUGAGAAAUGCUGUAAGCACAUGUCUGGAUGUCUGGUGAACAUCCCCAGUCUGAGGGAGCUCAACCUGAGCAACAACAACCUGAAGGACGAGGGGGUCAAGAUGCUCUGCAACGCCUUCGGACUGCCCGGCUGUCAACUGGAGAAACUCAAUGUGGCGAGCUCUGGCAUCACCCUAGCCAGAGGGUUUCAUUUCAACUCUAUCCUCAAAGAGCUGGACAUCAGCAGGAACCAUCUGGGCGACUCGGUUGACUGGGCCAAUGUCUUGUUCUGCUUGUUUUCACUUGAGACCCUCAGGCUGAGUGACUGUAAACUGACAGAGAAAUGCUGUGGGGACCUGGUUAAAGCUCUCGGCUCCAACCUCACCAAACUGAAAGAGCUGGAUCUCUCUGGAAACGACAUGGGAGACAGCGGCGUGAAGACACUCUACUUGGAACUGACCUCCAGGUGCUGUACACUGGAGAGACUGUUUCUGAGAUGCUGUGGGAUCACAGCAGAGGGUUGCUCCUCCCUAGCCUUAGCCCUGAAGUCCAGCCACUCCAGCAUCACAGAGCUAGGCCUGAUGGGAAACGACACAGGAGAAGAUGGACUGAGAAUUCUCUCUGCCAUCAGGGACGACCCACGCUACAAACUACAGACUCUAGAGUUGGUGUGGAUAAGAUGGCCAGACAGUUCACGGUGAAAGGGGGUACUCGCCGCUGGCCUGUUGCCGUAUUCUACAACCUGCUCGACCUGGCUGCUAUCAACGCGCACGUUUUGUUCACCCAGUGUACCGGCAAGACAACGCCACGGCGAGAUUUCAUCAUGGAUCUGGCAUGGGAGCUUCGUGAGAACCACAUGAGGGCCAAGACGAAGGCAGCUGCAGCUGCCAAGGAAGCAGCCAAGGCCGCACCGCCUCCUUCCCGGGCACCCAUCCAGCUCCCAGCUGGGAAGAGAACACAGUGCCAGGUGAAGACGCAGUGUGCACGGAACCAGGCCCAUGAAAGAUGUGCACAAUGCCACCGAUUUGUUUGUGGGUCUUGCACCCACAAAGGUCCGAAGCUAUGCGCUGACUGUGGAUCAGAGCAAUAGAGGAGAAAAUAAGAAACUGAUUAAUGCAUAAAAGGCACAUAUCCCACUCAAGGCACAGGCGAGGGCACAAUACCGUGUCCAACUCCAAACGAAUGAACAAAUGACUCUUGUUUUGUGUCAUGGAUAUUUUUCAAUGAAUAUCCCCAUAUAUAUUUAAUGUUUCACAUGUGUUUUGCACUCUUUAUACAAGUUGGCGCUUCUGUGAAUGCAUAAAUCAGUUGACCGUGCUUGUCUUGAGGGAGACUAUUUGACUAUUUCUCUGUGAUACUUUUAAGUAAAUCUACUAUACAAAUACAA